AUGGCCGCCUUCUCGGCCAUCAACGUCGAACCGGAAGAGAACAUCGAUGAGGAGGUUGACACAACGAAGGAUCUCCAAGUCGACGAUGCCCUCAAACUCUUCCAAAACGCCCUCAAACUCCAUGCGCAAGGCCCUCAGUCCUUCGACCAGGCUGCCGACGCCUACGAUGCGCUCUUCGAAUCCGAGAUCUUCAAAUACCCAGAAAGCAAGACAGACUACGAACGCUUCGAGGCAGGGCAAGAUGGCACUCUCGCUACGGAGCCUGUUUUCGCCCAAGGCCUCCCUCCUGUCGGCGCAGAUGUCGACGGGAUCGGCAGCAGUCUCCCCCAGGCACUCUACUUGUCUCACAAAAACCACGGUCAAUUCGUCAUCGACCGUAUCAAACACAAGGUCCGAAAAUCUACGAAGAAAAGAGAACCACUUCUCAAAGACGCCGGAGUGCAAAAGGACGCUCAGAGGGCUUUGGACGACUUUUGCGUAGCCCUUGAUCGUGACCCCUCGGAUGCCGAACUGUGGAGGAAAACUGCUCGGGUUGCCGCAUUUCUAAAGAGCGCUCGGAUCAAUCGUUAUAGUCUCGAAGCCGCCAUCGAGUUGGAGGAUGACCCGGCUGUGGAGGAAGUCGAUCCGCCGUCGCUGGCCGAGGGAUUUGCCGGCGAGCAGCUCAAGCAACAACUGCAGGUUCUGGGCGACGACAUGGCGCUGACCCACCCAAUCAUGAACCCCUUCGUGCACCGGGAGAUGCCCCCAUACUUGGCCCGGUUUAUGGACCCCAUGCCGUUUCUGCCGGACCCCACCAAAAGGUUAGCUGUUAAGGAACUGCGCGAUACAGAAAUUGAGACCGCCCGCUCUGUCCUCCCGAUUUCGAUUCCAUCCUGGUCUGAACUUGGCGCUGCUAUUGUACGCUUCGUUACAAAGGAGGGGCUUGCGGGUCAGGGGGUCCUAAUCCAACUACCCGAUACGGACGAGCAAGAAGACGUCCAGAUGGAAGUCGACAUGCAACUACAGCCAGAGGAGCCUUCUUCACAGUCAGGUACCCCGGACGAAGUGGUGGAGGCGGAAGAAGCGGUUGCAGAGCCGCCGAGCGAGGAAGCAACGGUGGAAGGACUGACGUCUGCACCAGCACCCGAAUCUAGCCCGACGGACGAGCAGGCGUCUAAGGACCCGAAUAAUUCCAUAUCGACGAGGAAACGCUCUCAGUCCGCAGCCGGCAUUCCUGACGCUCUUGAAGACGAUGCUGCGGAUGUGAAAAGGAGCAAGCGAACCAGACGGCGAGACACAGCCGUGGAAGAAGUCAUGGACUCGGCCACCUUUCUCGCGAGCCAGCUCCAGCCGCUGCAAGCUGCCGACCAAAACCUGUUUCAGACCACCAAAAAUCUUCUGGAGAACCUUGGGGUAACAGACCAGGUAACCCUCGGGAGAAUUGCCGAGGUGCUCGACUCGUGUGCCGCCGACGACCGGACGGGCAAGAUCCAAAAUCAGGCCACGGUUGACCUCUCACAUUCGAUAACACAUUUUGACGAAGAUACAGGCGCCGUAUUGUUGAGCAAGAGGGAGCUACCUCAGCUCAGCCUUUCUGCCUUCCUAGAGCAUGCAAAGACCGGCUCCCAGCGGGCCCAGGAGGCGUCAGCGUUUGACGAUUCUCGGGGCUUGAAAAGCUUUGUGGAAAACGUCAACCAAGGCUGGAAUACCAUACACGACAUCGCCUACAAAUAUGUGAAAGCCCUGGUUAAGACUUACACUGAGUACAAAUGGCCAGACCAGUUGAGGACGGCCGUAAUAGACGUCACCGGCCGCCUUGAGGGGAGCAUCUAUGACAGUUUCGCCUAUGAACUCGAAUUAUCUCCCAAGGACGUACAAGGCGAAACAAUCAGCGAGCUCGCAGGCCUCGCCCAGACGCUUUUUGAGCUCCACCUCGAUGUCUACGAUCACAUCACGGAUCCUAACAGCACCGCGGAUCAAGAGGCAAAACUGGAAGCGAAAUGUCGAGUGGACAGGUGGGCGGAUAUGGCUGGCGAGGUCAUUAGACUUCGAACCCUGGAACCGGACGAUCCCAUUGCGCUCCGCUUUCUCUGGGCAUCCGUAGCCUCAACCACGAUGGCAAAAGGCACACCAAGAGAUCAUGUCCUGAACUGCUGGCAUAGCCUGCGUGACUUUCUUUUGGGGUCUGCUGCGACGGAAGUCAACCUCGUUAACAACACUACUAUGCCGGAGAUAUCAACGGCUGCCGCGGAACGUGAAAUAUCUAAGCUGACAACGAUGGAUUUCUUUCUGGGUCUGUUCCAGGAAGAUAAUGGCAACCCAGUGGCCGUCGUGGAAAGUCUGGAGCCUGUCCUUAACCCCGAGGGCGUUUACAUCACCAUACCCGCCACCCUCAAGCAAGCUGACGCUGGCGGCGAUGCUCCCAGUGAUAAGCCGGGAAAGCUGCCUAUCGCAGAGUGCGCCAGCCAGGAGCUGACAGACCUGUGGAAGUUCCUCAAAGGCAGUAACACGGAACUGCGACUGCUGCUGUGGUCAAGACUAGGCGAGGCUUACGGGAAAAUCCAGUAUACCACCAAGCAGUUCUCGUGCUUCCUUCGAAGUAUCGAGACCGUCAUAUCAGACCUUGAGAGUGACGACUACCUUCACUCCACUGAUGAGCCGAGGCGAAACCAGUUCAUGAGUCUGCUCAAAGCCCUCGACGACCUGAUCAUCCAGUCACUGCACCUGGCCUUGAAUGACAACAGUUCGUUCGACAUCAUGGAUGAUGAUCACUUGAGGUCGAGCAUGUCUGCUCUUGCCAAAGUCAGCUGCAUGUUACAUGUAGCCGCCAUGUUUGAAGACGAGACGCGGAUUGGCAUGAAACCUGCACCAGCGAGCACCUCCGACCUGAGAUCCUUCCUCAACAAGCUCCAGGAAAUGCAAGUGCGGACCUGGUCCCUUCAAUAUACCAUGCUGAAGGUCGGGCUAAACCAACACCCUGAGCUCUUCCCAAAACCCGAAAACGACCUCGCCGAUUACUUGGCUGCGGUGCAUCAAGUGUUGGGUCUUCGCAAGUGCUGCAAGUCAUCUAACAAGAUCUUCCUCAAAAUGAUGCGCGUGGAGCUCCUGAAGCAGAAGAACAUUGAUAACUGGGAAGACUACCUCGGCCAGGUACUCUACGAUCUGCACGGUCUGAAGCUCGGGGUAGGAAUCUGGGAGGUGCAAGACCACGGCUGCGAACCUGAGAACCUGGAGAAACGGCAGGCACUACAGUUAGUCGGCAAGGUCACCAUGCUGGCAAACAGAAUGUCGAUGAAGGACUUGCUCAAAUCCGACCUCAAAACGACCAUCGAACGUAUGCAACAAGCUAUCGGAUCUGCCAAGUCGAGCCCCCAAAUGGCUCACAACCUCCGCAACUACUCCGAAUAUCUCAAAGCGCCGAUACAUCCGCUGCAUCUCUACCAGGCUUUGACGGGGAGCGUAGAUCUGGACGCUGUCACCAUCAACACCCCCGAGAGCGCGCCGGCCAAGCAGGGCUGGUUCUUCCUUCUCGGGAUGAUCGCUCUUACCAAGUUCAAAGGCGUCGACUUGAAUCGCCGACAAACGCCGGGGGCUACCGACGACCUGCGUAUCGGGGCCACCUUCUUGCGCCUGCAACUCCAGUACACACCGGACCGUUGGGAUGCUUGGUUUCGCCUGGCUGAGUGUUUUGAUUACGAGUUGGACGAGUCAGUCCUAUGGACUGCCGACAAAAUGAACAAGGAACGCGCCGAGCUUGUGAAAUUCCAACGGAAUGCCAUCCAUAGCUACAUCAUGGCGCUGUCCCAUUCAUACGCGUGGGCGUCGGACCCUGCGGUUCUCACAUCGUUGGAGGACGAUGAAGAAGCGCUGUACGACAUGUUCCACGAAUUUGGGAUGCGCAUGUACUCGUCAAGCCGCAGCCCAUUUGCCAUGGAACCCUUCCAGCAUGCCGAGCAGAAUAGGUUCUUCAUCGAGGCGGAAGGGGCGGGCACAUAUAAGAGGAUCGUGCACAACGAGAUGACCGACUAUCAAGUCUGGAAGUUUGCUGCUCACCUUUUCCGGAAAGCGAUGGUGGGGAAACCCAAAGAUUGGAAGAACCCCUACAUGGUUGCCAAGUGUCUCUGGAAGAUGUACCAGAAACCGCCUGAGGAACUCGACGAGAAGAACCGACUGCGCCGUCCGACGGUCCAGGCCGUCAUCGACGCACUGGAGAAGACGAUCGAAGUGGUCUCAUCGCUGCCGAAACCCCGACAUGGUCAGGAUCCGAUUUUAGAGCCGCACUACAAAAUCGUGUCGGUUGUCCACAAACUGGUCAUGCGGGGCGACAUGGAGAUCCAAGCGGCCGCAAACGUUCUACAACACCAACCAUACGCGCCAGACCGUGGGCAGGAGAUAUCCGUUGUCAACGCCGAGGACUGGGAAGCGUACGUGGUGCGGUGCUUGAAGUACCUGCGCGAUAAAGACAAGUCCAAUUGGCAACACCGCAUCAUCAUGCGCCAUGCGCGCAUCCUGUUCGACGAAGAUACCGACCCCAGCGAUAACGAAAGUUCCGCUGCUGCUAAGGCCGCUUUCAACGUCCUACGGGAAAGCAUGUUCACCAAAACCAUGGUAAUGAACGUGUGGAAAUGCGACGCCGAGCGGCCGGGCCGCCACCACGUCUACACGGAACAGUACAUCCGGUAUAUGGUCAGGGUGCUCGACGUCAUGAAAGACCGCGUCAGCCUCGAAGCCGUACUUCGCCGCAUCCGCAAAAAGGGCGCCGAUUUCUACCAUUUCAACGAACUGUGGCAGUUUGGCGUCCUGGCUUAUGUCAAGCUCCUCCGUCGGACAUUUGAGGUGCCUCUCACGGAAGAGGAUGCCUUCAAAACACUCAGCCAGGAGGAGUUCGACACGGUGGGCGAGAAAAUAACUGCUUGGUCUACCACCCCCGCAGCAGAGGACAACGCCGCCCUCACGGCCAUGAAAGAGGCCGUUGAAAUCAAGAAGCUCAACUCCAACCUCAUGAAGGCCGGCCCCAUCGACGACCUCAUCACAGACUGUUAUUCUGCCAUCUACCUACACGUCAAACCCGACCUCCUCGACUCCGACCAACAGAAACUACCCCACCAUCCCCCCGGCGACCCCGAAUCCAAACCAGACAGCAGCAACCCCAAAUCCACCAGCCUCCUCCUCCACGCCCUCAUCACCCGCGACAAAGACAAGGACAUGACCCCCUCAGCACUAAGCUCCCUACGCGCCAACUCGGAACAACCCGACCGCGACAAGUCAGAACGCCACUCGCUGGCGGGCGAUGCCCCACCACGGGCUGCGUCGGGCCGUGCGGGCGGCGGCAUCCGCCGGCCCAACAUCCUGCGCAAGGCGGAACAGGCCGUGCAGGCCGUGCUGCGCGCUGCCGAGAUGCCGCCGCGGUCGGUCGGCGGCGCGACGAACGGGGCUGCGGGGGGUGGCAAGACGAGGUCUAGAAUGGGCAGUGUGUCGAACGCGCGGGCGGGCGGGCGCGCUGCUGGGGAGGGGAGUGGUGAUGAGAGUGGGGAGGAUGAGGAGGAGGCGGAGGAAGGGGAUGUGGAGAUGAAGGAUGUGGGUGAUGAUACUGGGGGCGGCGGCGGCCGUCGUGUGGUUGUGGAGCGGAGUGUGGAUGCUGGGACGGUGAAGGGGGCGGCGGGUGGGGAUAGUUCUUAUGAGGAGAGUGAUCCGGAGGGGGAGGGGGAGUCAGGAGACAGACAUGACCAUGAAGGAGAGGGUGAGGGUGAAAUGGAAGUCGAGCAGGAGGCCGGGCAGGAGGAAGAAGAAGGUGGGGUCGGCGAGGAACAUGGCGGAGAUGAUGAGAUUGGGGACGAUGACGAGACUGAAGAAGAGCAUGAGGAGGGCGACGAGGGGCGGGAGGAAGGUGCUGCGCCUGCGCUGCCAGAGCCGGUAAUGGAAGAUGCUGAUGCCACGGAGGAGGAAGAUGAAGAGGAUGAAGGGGAGUAG